UGAAAAUAAUUGAUAGAAAACACCGAUACGUUUAUAUUUAUUAUUUAUUUUUAUUUAAUACUUAGUUUUGUGCUAGACUAUACUCUUCAAUAACUUAUUAGGUAACCAAAAGACAAGAUCAUGGCUGACGAUGAACAGGAUCCUAAAGAAUAUCGAUGGGAAACGGGUUAUGAAAAGACAUGGGAAGCAAUAAAAGAAGAUGAAGAUGGCUUGGUGGAAGGUCUUGUGGCGGAGUUUGCUCAAAAAGCGGCUCGGAAAGCAGCAACCACUCGCCGUGGCCCGGUACGCCUUGGCAUGAUGAGGCAUCUACUUGUAGCCAUCGAUUGUUCUGAAGCUAUGAGUUCACAGGAUCUUAAGCCUACAAGGUUUUUAUGUACAUUAAAGUUAUUGGAGAAAUUUGUAGAAGAAUUCUUUGAUCAGAAUCCUCUUAGCCAAUUGGGAUUGAUUGCAAUGAAAAACAAAAGAGCUGAAAAGAUAACUGAGCUCUCAGGAAAUAUUAGAAAACAUGUCAAAACUGUUCAAGGCUUAUCCAACUUGGCUUUAACAGGAGAGCCAUCACUCCAAAACACUUUGGAACUGGCUGGCAGAGUUCUGAAGCCUCUCCCUGGUCAUGCGUCCAGAGAAUUGCUUGUUCUAUUUGCUUCUCUAACUACAUGUGACCCUGGUGAUAUUACUACAACUAUUCAGAACUUGAAAAAUGAUGGAAUUAGAUGUUCAGUUAUUGGAUUAGCUGCUGAAGUAAGAAUAUGUAAGAAGUUAUGUCAAGAUACAGGUGGGGAAUAUGGGGUAGUAUUGGAUGAUGUUCACUACCGCUCGCUACUCUUAGAACAUACCUCGCCACCGCCGCGAGCCCGUGCGUUGGAUGCUGGUUUAGUAAAGAUGGGUUUUCCACAUACCGCACCACCAGCAACCACUUCUGAUGGUGCGUCUAACGACCCGCCCAUCACUGUUUGUAUGUGUCACUUAGAGGAGGGCGAGGGUGUGGGCGGCGAGGGGCACCUGUGUCCGCAGUGCCGCAGCAAGUACUGCUCGCUGCCCGCGCAGUGCCGCACCUGUGGGCUCACGCUCGCCUCCGCGCCGCAUCUCGCUAGAUCAUACCAUCACUUAUUCCCGGUAGACCCAUUUGAAGAAUUAAAAAAUGAAGGGCAAAGUCAGUUUUGCUUUGCCUGUGUGAGAUCAUUUACCGAUGUUGAUAAGCAGAUAUAUCGCUGCACCCGUUGUAUGGAGUUUUAUUGCUGGGAAUGCGAGAGUAUGAUAGCAUCCACCUUGCACGUAUGUCCGGGAUGCGCGUCUCGACCGCACUUAUAUCAGCGAUUGCCGGAAUCCUCGUGAUAUUAGUUAUAUAUUGUAAAAAGUAUUGUAAUAUAUGAUUGUAAGAAUAAAUUGUGUUUCUUUUAAA